GGUUGUAAAAAUCAUUCAGCUCUUUCAUUCCAAUCCAACCAGAUUAACCAAAUCAACCUUUUCAUUUUACAAAUUUUCUUUGUGUUUCCACAAACCAAUCCAAUCAACAUCAAAAUGAACACUUUCUUCGUUGUCGCUUCACUCCUCAUCGCCUCAGCUUCAGCUGGUUUAGCUCCAACUGGAUACGCUUACCCCGGUGCUCUUGCUUACGGUCAUCAUGCUGCUUACCCAGCAACCUAUGGUUACGCUGCUGCCCCCGCUUACACCAAAGUCUUAGCUGCCCCAUCAUACGCUGCCCCAGUCCAACACUAUGCUGCUGCUCCCGCUUACACUAAGGUCUUAGCUGCUCCAGCUUAUGCUGCCCCUGCUUACGCUCCAGCUUACGCUCCAACAUACGCCAAGGUUGCCGCUCCAGCCUUCUCUUACUCAACCCUCGCUGCCCCAGCAUACAGCAAGGUCUUGGCCGCCCCAACCUACGCUGCCCCCGCUUACACCAAAGUUUUAGCUGCCCCAGCUUAUGCUGCUCCAGUCCAACACUAUGCUGCUGCCCCAGCAUACACCAAAGUCUUAGCCGCUCCAUCAUACGCUGCCCCAGCAUACGCUCAACCUGAAAAUGAAACAUAAAACUGCCAUAGUAGAAUACAUUUUAUAAUUUUAUAUUAACUUCAUUUGUAAUUAAGUUAACUAUAAUUGUUUUUCAAUCAGAUUUUUUAGUGAUACAAUAAAAACAAUUGCAUUGCAAUGCUUUGAAGCCUUCAAUGCUUUUAAGCUCCAAAAAAAUAUAAAA